GUGGUGGAUUGGCAAUGGCAAUGGCUUUGUUUCUUCGUGAUGCCGGAUUACCAUUACCUUGUGGAAUCGUAGGAUGGUCACCUUGGGUUGACCUUACACAUAGCAUGCCGUCUUCAUUAGAUCCAAAUCUUGUAGGCCUUGACUUGCUUUGUCCGAUGGCAAUGUAUAGGCCGAAACCUCGAGUUUCAUCUCCUGCAUGGGUUCAAUAUCAACAAGAUUCUCAAAAACUUGCUGAUCAAAUUAAAAAAAAAAGACCUUCAAUAGUUGGUGAUGAAUCUUUUCAACGAGAUGAACAGAUUCAAAUAUAUU